AAACGCAGCUGUUCCAAUAAAUCCCAUCACUGUUUUCAAAUCUAAAAGUGUACAACCUUUUGGAAAGACUAUGAAAUCAGUUUUGCUUGGACCGAUGAAGUUAGAUAUAUUUUCACUUGGUUGCCAUAUAAGAUAAAUCCAUAACUUCGAUUACGCUUGUGUUGGGGAUGAUUGAUAAAAUGUUGUUGACUACUACUACUUGAGCCAAAAGAAUCGAAACAUAAGAAUCAAAAAGCAUUCAUAUUAUUUUCAGAAUAAUUAAAUGACGCCUCCUCAAAACGAUCCUUUAUAUUGAAUCAACUUAUCCAGUUUCUAAUGACAAUGUACCAGAUAUGGGUUCUGAUAAUAAUGCACAUAAUUUUGAUGAAAUUUCUUACAAAAAUGAGGAAAAUAUAUCGGCUGAGUCAAAUGAUGGUCAAAGAUCUAAUGUAAUUUUGUUUGAUGUUGAUUUUCCUAAUGACCCAUCAUCCGCUGAUGAGAUUCUUAAUGAAUUUGAAAAUAAUGCUUCAGAAGAACCAAACUCUGACCUCAAAUCAAAAAUCGUUCAUUACCAUCUAGUCAUUUCUAGUGGAUUCUACACUCAAUGCGGGAAACAUGUUUUAAAUAAAGUCGAAUUAAUUGUAACUUGGGGAUAUGAGGACCCAACACGAUUUUGCGGGGGAGGAUGGACGCGGAAAAAUUUUAAAAUCCGGACACCAACUCCGGAUCUUCAAAAAAAAGGGAGGUAUUAGGAUAUUCGGAUAAAUAUAUCAAUAAUUAUCAUGUUAAGUCUAAUGGUGUCCUUGGACGUUAAAUGGACAUUCCCUAUUGGUCAGUAUUUAUUUCACUUGUUAAAUAUUGUACAAAUGUUGUUUUCUAUUUUAUGGUACGAAGUGGUUUGUUUGAUUGGUAUAUAAACAGAGUAUGUCUGAAAUAUAAUGAUUCAUAUCUCAGAGGCUGA